GCUUGCGCAAGACGUCUAUGAACGAAAACGCAUGUUUAAAAAAAGUGAGAUUCUUUUGUAUAACCAGUGAGUGAAUAUUUGGUGUGACGACAUCGAAUUUAAAUUAAUUGAACAACACACACACAAUUGUUUUUCAAAACUAUAUUUCUUUUUUGGAGAGUAUUGUUCGUAGAGAUAAACUUGCCUAAGUUUCUAACAUUACGAUGGAUGAAAAGAGAAACAGUAUGAAAUUAGAUAUCGAAGCGGUUAGACUGUCAGACAGUGAAAAUCAGCAAAGUAAAGAGUUUUAUAAGCCAAUACCAGAGUAUCCAGUUGUCGAGAACGCUGUAAAGAAUUCGAAUAUGGUUCGCGAAAAGGGAGACACCAUUGAGGAUGGAGCCGACGAUCCGAUGUUGGAAAGUGAAGAGAAAGCUCAACUGGCGAAGAAAGAAGAAGUAAAAUUUACGUCGGCAAGUGAUCGCAAAAAUGGGGACGCCAAAAUUGAUAUUGGAGAAAUUGAUAAGGGUUUCACUGGCAUGACCAAAGAGGAGCUUAUGAAAUUCGCCAAUGAUCCGUUCUGGGUUCGUUUACGUUGGAUUUUCUUCAUCUUAUUCUGGGCUCUGUGGAUUGGAAUGUUGGUCGGCGCAAUCAUGAUUAUCAUUGGUGCACCUAAAUGUGCAGCGCCUACUCCAUUGUCGUGGUACAAACAGGGACCGUUGGCUCUACUCUCCCCAAUAGUUGAGCAACAGCCAUCCGAAUUUAAGUCUAUUGGUGCUAAGGGAGUAAUCUAUGAACUUAAUGCCGACGAAACGUAUCUUGUGGACACUGCCGAAGUGAAAGAUAAAAUUAAGAAAGUCGUCGAUCAGUUUAGAGAACAAGACAUCAAUGUCAUCGUUGAUAUUACACCGAAUUUCGUUGGCAAAGAUGAUGCACUCCUAAAGAAUGCGCUUGAAAAUGAACUCUACCGAUCGGCGUUCAUUUGGUAUGACGGUGCCAAAGAACCAUCCAACUGGUUAUCAAAAUCUGGACAGCCUGCAUGGCACGAAAUCGAACCGAAAAAAUACAUUCUCAGUCAGUUUGGCGAAAAUCGAUUCGAUUUACAGCUGAACGACAAAUUUGCGAAAGAGAAGUUCAUGAACGUACUGACAGAAUUGUUGAAUAUCGGCGUGAAAGGUUUCCGUUUCGCAAACGCUAAACAUUUCAUCGUCAGCAAGGAAUUCAAAAACGAAACUCCACUGAACGAUGGAUCGGCCAUUCAUACAGAAUACGCUUUUUGGACACAUUCGGGAACUACAUACCAACCAGGCCUAGGUGAUUUGUUGAACGAAUUUUCGGAAUUCGUUAAGAACAAGACCAACAAUGAAGCUUUCAUUUCGGUAACCGAAAACAUUGUCCAACCGGAGUCGUUCUAUGUGAGAGACAGCACAAAAUUGGGCAUCGAGCUCCCGAUAUAUGGACUUCUUCCGCAUACCCUAGCCGUUAACGCUCCGAACGCCACAAAACGUUUGCACACCGAACUGACCCAAAUUACAAAUCAACUGGGCAACACAAGCUGGCCACAAUGGAUCUACGACAAUGAGGCAUUGAAUAAAGGUGCCAUUGGUUUGUCAGAGUACCAUGCAUUUAUUACACUGUUGCCAGGCGUCCCUGUUGCAACAUUGGAUGCAUUCCAAUCGCAAAACUUAACCAGCUAUUGGAGUACUUUGCAGGAGAUGCGCACAACUCCAUCGUAUAUGCACGGAAGUUUCGAGGCAUAUGCCAACAAUGAUAUUAUUGCAUACACUAGAUUAAAAUCAGGAAAUCCUGGUUUCUUCGUCGCCUACAAUCCGACAGAGGCGCUGGUUACUGGCAAUUUUACAUCGAUCAGCAGCAUGCCAGAACAGUUGACUGUUCAUCUACUGAGCAAAAACUACAAUGUCACUGGUGUUGUCGAAAGGUCGAAAAUUCAGACAUCUGAUGUGCAGAUAUCGGCCAAAUCAGUCAUUAUUUUGACCUACGUACCACAGAAACCAGAAUAAAGUUUUGAAAACAUUUUAAACUGAAGAUGUUAGAUGAAGACCUAGUAGUGUCGAAAUAUGGGAAUGACUGUUACGGUUAUUUCAUCAAUAUAAUCAUAAUUGCAGAAAUAAAUGAAAAAUGGUAUCAGCCAUUGCAAGCAAA